AUGUCUCUUGUCGGGUUUGGUCGACUUAUACAAGGCCGGCUCUUCCCGCCAGCCAACCCAACAGCCUCUCUCGAAGGGAAGACAGUCCUCCUAACCGGCGGUACGUCUGGCUUGGGACUCGAAGCAGCCAUAAAAUACAUAAACCUGGGUGUCUCCUCGUUGAUAAUCGGCUGCCGUAAUAUUGAACGUGGCAAUGAAGCAAAGAGGGUGAUCGAACAGCGUGCGAGCAGUACUGCCAAUUCUGAUAUUCAAAUUUGGCCCCUAGACAUGGCCAGCUAUCAAAGCGUGGUAUAUUUUGCCCAAAAAAUCAACAAGGAAGUGCCACGGGUUGAUAUUGCGCUGUUGAAUGCUGGAGCCAUGCACAGGAAGUAUACCCUGACACCAGACGGAUGGGAAGAGACGCUUCAAGCCAACGCACUGUCAACCGCACUGCUGGGGCUACUGUUACUCCCAAAACUAAGAGAGAGCCGUGACGUCGCAACCGGAGCUCCCGCUCAUCUCACCUUUGUCUCAAGCGGAUCUUACAGACAUGCAAAGAUAGAGGAGCUACAGCCGGAGGGAACCAACAGCAUCCUCCAACACUUGAACAACGAAGAGAACUUCCGUGCGCACUCUCAAUACCGAUUAUCCAAGGUUCUUGUCGAAUACACCGCAAAGAGCAUCGCUAACUUAGCCCGCUGCGAUGACGGCUCACUGGAAGUCAUUGUCAACUCUGCUUGUCCAGGGUACUGCCGUUCCCACUUAGGUCGCGAGUACGAUGCAUGGCACGAGAGAAUGUUCGUUGCUGUGUUUGAGCUCAUUUUUGGCCGUACGUCAGAGCAGGGUAGCAGGACCCUUGUGAGUGCUACUAUUCUCGGCGAGGAGUCCCAUGGAAAAUGGUGGAGAAGCGACAAGUAUCCAGACAUUUCGGCUACACUUACUGGAACAAGCGAGGGGAAAGUGUUACAGAUACGAGCCUGGCAAGAGAUCGUGGGGGAGCUCAAGCUUCGAUCUCCCGAGGUUGAACGGCUCGGCCGGUGCAACUGA